AUGCCAAAUCUACAUGGAACUGUUCAAAAUUACAUGGUACAUGGUCCAUGUGGUCCGUACAACAAUAAUUCACCUUGCAUGAAGAAUGGAUCCUGUUCAAAGUUCUAUCCUAAAGAGUUUAGACAGCGAACACUCAUUGAUGAGGCCGGAUUUUCCAAAUAUAGGCGUACUGAUAACGGUCGAACAGUGAAAAAAAGGGAAUGUGUACUAGACAAUAAGUUCAUUGUUCCGUAUAAUCCAGAAUUGUUGCUCAAGUUCGGGUGCCACAAAAAUGUGGAAUACACAUGCCAAACAAGUUCUAUUAAGUAUCUGUUUAAGUAUGUACACAAGGAUAAUGACCGCGUAACAGCUACUCUAUACAAUGCUGGUGAUCCGUCACAAGCCACACAAGUUGUUGACGAAAUUAGGAAUUACUACGAUUGUAGGUAUAUUUCGGCAUGUGAGGCAGUCUGGCGUCUAUUUGGAUACGAAAUCCAAGAGAAAGAACCAUUUGUGAUUAGACUUCCAUUCCAUUUGGAGGAUGAGAAACCUGUGGUUUAUGGUGAAACUUCUAAUGUGACUGAUAUCGUCGAAAGAGCAAUAUUUCAUAAGUCCAUGUUUUUGGGAUGGAUGGCAGCGAACAUGUCAUAUCCUUAUGCUCGAAGUCUGACUUAUGCUGAGUUUCCAACCAAGUUUGUUUGGAAGGACGAUUCUUCAAAGUGGUUUCCUAGAAAGAAAGGCUUCGCAAUUGAAAGGUUGACUCAUGUACCUGCAGCAAAUACCGAAAAAUAUUACCAACUACUUCUCUUGAAUACUCAAAGAGGAUGUACGAGUUUUCGAGAUAUAAGAAUAGUAGGAGGAACAAUUUAUGCUACGUAUAGAGAUGCAUGCUUCGCCCUUGGACUCUUGCAAGAUGACAAAGAAUUCAUUGAUGUAAUUAAGGAAGCAAGCUCAUGGGCCUCAGGAUCAUAUGUUAGGAGGUUAUUUGUCAUUCUAUUAACAUCCAACAAUAUCUCAAGACCAGAACAUGUUUGGGAUAGAUGUUGGCAUGAACUCUCAGAUGAUAUUUUGUAUCGACAGAGAGCCGUGAUGAACAUGAGUGAGUUAACAAUGUCAGAUGAUGAGAUUAAGCAGUUGUGCUUAAUGGAUAUAGACAAGAUCUUAUAUUCCUAUGGUAAAACCUUAAAAGACUAUCCUCCUAUGCCUUUAGCAACUGAAGUUGAUAAUUCUUUGUUAACCGAAAGGGUUAUAAGGGAAGAGCUAAACUUUAACAGGGAUGAUUUAAAGAAAAAUGCCUCAGACAUGUUAGCCAUCGCAACACCUGCGCAGAGAUAUGCAUUCGAUAAAAUUGUUACAGCUGUGUAUUGUGAUGAAGGGGGUUUUUUCUUUGUGUAUGGUCAUGGAGGUACUGGAAAAAUAUUUCUCUGGAACCUUAUGUCUGCUGAGAUUCGCUUAAGGGGUGAUAUAGUGUUAAACGUUGCUUCGAGUGGUAUUGCAUCUUUACUUCUUCCCAAUGGAAGAACGACACACUCAAGGUUCAAAAUACCGCUGAAUAUAACUGAGGAUUCUGUAUGUAACAUCAAACCUGGUUCCCCUCAAGCAAUGUUACUGUUGAAAGCCAAACUUAUAAUUUGGGAUGAGGCCCCAAUGGCUAGUAGGUACUGCUAUGAAGCGCUUGAUAAAUGCUUGGGUGACAUCAUGAGGUGUUCUCCAACAUAUAGCAAAGAUUUGCCAUUUGGAGAAAAAGUAGUUGUACUAGGUGGAGACUUUAGACAAAUUCUUCCUGUCAUUCCAUGA